ACAGGGCAGAGAUCCGCAGCACGUUGACUGCAAACACGGAAAUACAGCGCGAGAAGAAGAAGAAGAAGAAGAAGAAGAACGCCAGCGGAGUUAGUUCAUUAGGAACAAUUAGGCUUUCGUGACUAAAAGCACGAACGAUAGGAAGUGUUGUGCGUUUCUCUCUCGUCCUAUGGAUUUACUGCAGCUUCUGUCAUGGGCCUGCAUCGUGUUCACGGUCGGGAUGUUCUCGACUGGACUGAGCGACCUAAAGAAGAUGCGAGAAUCCAAAAGUACUGACAACAUCCAGUUCCUCCCUUUCCUCACCACGUGUCUUAAUAACCUAGGUUGGUUGUAUUACGGGAUUCUGAAGCUGGAUCAGACGAUUGUCCUGGUCAACGUUAUUGGAGCUCUCUUACAGAUCGUUUACAUCAUCAUGUACAUAAAAUACACAAACCAAAAGAGGUUGGUGAUUUCCCAGACUCUUACAGCAGGAAUAGUGCUCGUCUGUGGCUGGUUCUACUUCAGCGUGUUCCUCCCCAAGGGAGACACUCAGCUCAGCCAGCUGGGCCUCACCUGCAGCGUGGUCACCGUCAGCAUGUACAUGUCCCCGCUCACCGACCUGGUAAAGAUAGUGCGUAGUGGUGACGUGCAGUGCUUGUCCUUCUCCCUGACUGUGGCCACCUUCUUCACUUCAACCUCCUGGGUCCUUUACGGCCUGCAGCUAAACGAUAACUAUAUUGUGGUUCCAAACACACCAGGAAUCUUCACCAGCCUCAUCAGAUUGUAUCUGUUUUGGAGAUUUGCGUCUGUCAAUCAAAGCUCGCCUUCCUAUAAGUCAAUGCACAUAUGAGACAACACAUUUCUAGGCCGCAGCAAGGCUCGUCUGUGUUUUGUCUCGUCUUUUUGAUAGUAGGCUAGGGUCACAUAAUGAGAAACAAUCAUUCCGCAAGUGACUCCAUGUGAAGUGGACGUAAUGUCUUGCUUUUGGGUUUUUUUCUGCAGCUAUUUG